AUGGAUGAUGACGAUGAUGACGACGACGACGACGACGUGCGCGCGCGCUCGACCGUGCUCCUGGGCGACGCGCUCGGGGACGACACGCCGUUGUACGACGCGGCGCGCGCGGUCGAGGCGGCGAUCCGAGCGCGGAUGGGAGGGACGGGACGGGCGUAUCGAGCCACCGUGCGCAGGCUGUGGGCGAAUCUGCGAGCGAAUGAAUCGCUGCGACGCGGCGUGCGAUGCGGCGCGAUCGAGGCGGAGACGCUGGUGCGACUGGGACCGAGGGAGCUGGCGACGGCGUCGAGGCGGCGGGCGGACGCGGCGAUGGUGGAAAAGUUGGACGCGGGACGGACGCGCGCGCUCGGGUCGACGGGCGGGACGGAGACGGACGCGCACAAGUGUGAGAGUUGCGAUGGGUUCGAUUGCGUGUACGUGGUGUUGAGCGAUAGGAGAGACGUGCGUAAGGCUGAGAUAUGGGGUGGGGGGUCGGGCGGUGACGCGUGCGUGGCGCUCAUCGCGUGUAAGACGUGCGGACACGAGUGGCGGGCCGAGAUGGCGGCGUGA